AGUCCUUGUGUGCUGCAGGAAGGGACAUGCCUGUUCCAGCAGCUCAGUCCAUAGAGGAGCUGCUUCCAGUGCCAGGGCUGUGUGUGCCCAGCAGAUGCCAGGGGACCAUGUCAAUGCUGGGGACAGCUCUGUAGAACUUCUCAGGAGCAGGGAAGAUGAGCACAGAAGUCACCAAACCUGCUCUUGCACCAAAACCACAAGGUCUUGAUCCAUUCAGUCCCAAGUACUCUUCUCCUCUGCUCUCAAAAACCGGUCUAGUCCAUCAAGCAAAAUCUAUGUCCAGGGGUCCUAAGCCUCCAAUUGCCCCCAAACCAGUGUUAUCGCCGGCUACAGAAAGAAGGUGCAUAGAGAAUGAGAAUAAUUCCUUGAACAAGUGUUCUAAUGGGGAUGUGGUUUGUCCUGUGGAGAUCUACGAUGCUGACCACUACAGGCCAAUGUGUGAUGAAUCAGAAACUUUGGACAUGACCUAUGAGGAUUAUAUUUCAGUACCAGAAACUCAGUUGACAGAUGAGGAAUGUACAGACUUUGAUUGUGAAAAAAGUUUAUCUUCUGAGGGACCUGUAGACCCUUGGAAUGCAACAUCUGAGGAAGGGGACAUCACAAGCUGUAGUCCUUCUCCAGCUGGGGAGGAGGACAGUGGACUCCCAGAUAGUAUACCCUCAAAGGAAAUAGAAUCUGGGGACUCUACCGAGGUGGAUGACAGUGACAACACUGAUGCCAUCAGCUUAAGGUCUUCAUCUACAGCUGAGGCAGAUAGCUUGGUGCCUCAUUCUGGUUCAAUGCAGUUUAAAAAUGACCUUGGAGAUAUAGAUGAUUUUUUACCUUUGGACAGCAAUGAAUGUAAUGUAGAAUCUGGGGAAGAACAUGGGGAUAAAGAUUUAAAUAAUAUAGAGUGUGAUGAGGAUAUUUUGACAGAAGAAGAUUGCCAAUAUGUUAAUGAUGGCAAUGCCAAUGAUGAAAUUGACUGUGAGGUCUCUUUGGAUGAGACUCCUUGCAAUAAUUGCCAGUUGCCAAAUUACAGUGAUGAUGAUGGAUCUAAUUCAACAACUGAGAUUUUAGAUAUUGGGUCAACUGAAAUUUCUGUGUUCUCAGAGACAGUCCAAUGUGAGAAUGAGACAGCUCAAUGUGAGAAUGAGACAGAACAAUGUGAGGAUAAGACCACCCAAUGUCAUAGUGAGACAACCCAAUGUGAUAGUGAGACAACCCAAUGUAAGGAUGAGAAAGGCCAGAGUGAGGAUGAGCCAGUCCAAUGUGAAGAUGAAACAGUAAUAUUCCAGUGUGAGGAAACUCCAGAAACUGAGGAGUAUCUUGCUACAGAUGUUUUGGUGAAUGAAGCAGAGACCACAAAGGACACUAAUUCCAAGGUGGUGAAUGAUGAAGAUUUGCAUGAUUUUAAUGAAGACUUGGACUACAUUGUAAUAGAUCCUGGAAUUAAAAAGGAGAUUCAGCAAGAAUCUAAUGAAGAUUCAGAAAUCAAUGAAAUUACUGAAGCUAUUGACGAAGCAUCACGUGUUGAUAUUAAGUUUAUUCAAGACAUUGAAGAAGCAAAGGAAGUAUCUAGAGAUGACAAUAUUGAUGACAGCUGCCAGAUAAUUCCAUUUGAAUGUGAAGGUAAUGAUGAAGUGAAUGAGCCACCAGAUGUAACUCAAGAUGUUGGAAAUGUACAAGAUGACAUUUUGGCCAAGAUUGGACAUAUAAAAGGAGACAUUUUUGCAGCUGCAAAUGACAAAGGAAGUAACUUACAUGAUGCUGACCCAGCUGUAGAUACUCAGGGUGAUGUGUUAUCUCUAAAGAAUGAAGCUGACACAGUAGAAGUGUCACCUGUAGACCAGGAAACAGAGGUCAAGGAGUUUACAGUGGACAAUGAGAUAACUGUGGAAGCAGAAGAGGAUGAGAGCAACCCAUAUGUCCUAGAGGACAGUGCACAAUCCAGGAACAGGAAGCUGCUCGGCACAGAGGAGAGAACUCCCAGCAAAAAUGAAGAAGAGAUUAUGAUGGAAGAAUUCAGCCAUAAUGAGGGAAACCAUCUGCUCAACAUAGAUAGAAAAAAUAUUGUCACCAGAACAAGAUCCUACUCGGGAAAAAUCCCAGGGAAUGUUCCUGAGACAGUGCCUGAGGAGACUAUUGCAGAAAUGGAGUCACAGCCAUCCAAUAGUGACCUCUUAAUGAACGCUAAGUCUGAAAAGCUGGAAUCUAAGCCUAUAGAUUUCAUAAGGGCUUUACCAAGAAAGCCAAGUCGUUUUAUAAUAUACCCAAGAUCCUACUCAGUCGAAGGCAGGGAAAAUGCAGCCUCAAUGUAUAUAGAGUCUGAUAUUAACUUCUCUCCAUACAUGAUUAGCUCUUCUGGAAGUUUUUCCCAGAGAAACUAUCAUACACACAGUGGAAUGUCCACACCAACUUCACUGGUGGACAUUCCUCCACCCUUCCAACUUGCCAGUAUUACAAAAAAGCCAAUUACUAAAAGCUCCCCUUCACUCUUGAUUGAGAAUGACUCUUCUGAGAAGGGCAUCAAGAAAAAGAAGUCCUCAUUUAAACGGUUCUUAACCUUGAAGUUCAAGAAGAAGACAGAGAACAAAGUCCAUGUUGAUGUCAAUGUUUCUUCCUCUAGAUCAUCUUCAGAGUCCAGUUACCAUGGUCCAUCCAGGCUAAUUGACCUGGAGAGAAGAAGUGGUGCGAACUCUCCACAGUUGCACAGUCGUUCCAGUAUGCCAUGCCACCCAGAUUCUCCAACAGCCAUGCUUUUCUACAAGGACAUGAAAAGGAAAGGAACCUCCAAGGCCUUUAACCGGAGUGUAGCAAGAGUGGAAUCCUUUGAGGAUCGUUCCCGGCCACCAUUUUUGCCUUUACCUUUAACUAAACCCAGGUCUAUUUCUUUUCCCAAUGCGGACACCUCAGAUUAUGAGAAUAUCCCAGCCAUGACUUCUGACUAUGAGAACAUCCAGAUUCCUCCUCGAAGACCAGCCAGGGCCAGCACCUUUACGGAAUUCUUUGAAGAUCCCAGCAGAGCCUUAUCUUCUGCAAAUGAGAAUGAUGGAUAUGUGGAUAUGAGUAGCUUCAAUACUUUUGAAGUCAAGCAGCACCAGACAUCUGAGCAAGAGGCUGAAAGCGCCUACACAGAGCCCUACAAAGUUUGUCCCAUCCCAAUGAACAACAUAGAGGACAUCACGUCUGACGAGGAUCAGAAAAGCUCUGAAGAUGAGGAGUCCAGCUCUGGAGGAAAUGGAGUACAGAAGAAGGACGGCCCGACAAGAGCUUUGAAAAUUGUGGAAGAGCUGGUGACAUCAGAGAAAGAAUAUGUGGAAAUGUUGCGGCGUCUGCACAUGGAAUUCCAUGCAUCAAUGCUCAGGGUGCUCGGCAGUGAGGAGGAAGAUGAGGAAGAAGAGCUGAGGCUACGGCAUGGACUGAGUCAGUUGCAGUAUGUCCGACUAUUACAUGAAGAAGUUCUGGAAGAAUUGGAAGAAAGAAUAAAGCACUGGGAGGAAAACCAGAAAAUUGCAGAUGUGUUUUUAAGCCGGGAAUCCAAAUUCCAGCAUCAUACAGCCUUUAUUGUUGCUUUUGACAAGACAUCAGCCGCCCUUGAAGAUUGUAGCCUCAAAAUCCCACAGGUCACCGCUGUCAUAAGAGACUUUGAGAGAAACUUCCAGCGAGGACAGUCGAGUGUUAAACAUGAACUGGUUAAAGUAGUGCAGAGAAUCUUUCAGUACCACAUGAUCCUCACAGAUUAUCUGAACAAUCUCUGUCCUGAUUUGGCAGAGUAUGAAGAUACUCAGGCGGCCCUACUUAUUGUCUCAGAAGUGGCAGAUCGAGCAAUUGAGAGCAUGCGUCAUGGGGAAAAUCUGCAGAAAUUGGUACAGAUCGAUUACAGUGUCCGGGGACAGCGCAGCCUCCUGCAGCCUGGGAGAGAGUUUAUUAAGGAGGGGACAUUAAUGAAGGUCUCUGGGAAAAACUGUCAUCCUCGACACUUGUUCCUGAUGAAUGAUGUUCUGCUUUACACGUAUGCACAGAAGGAUGGCAAAUACAAGUUGAAAAACACACUUUCCAUCCCUGGAAUGCGGGUGAGUCGACCAAUUGUGGAGAAUGCCCAGCAUGUCCUAAAGAUUGAUUGCAUGGAGUGCGGCCUCAUGUUGUCAGCCAGCUCCUGCUCAGAGAGGGACGACUGGUUCAGUUGCAUCGGCAGAACUGUUCAAGAGUAUUACAAGGCACCGACUGUGUCUGUCUAUAACAAUGUAGAGAUGAGGGAACGCUUUGGAAUGUUCCUUGGAGAGAGGCCGCCAAGUAUAGCGCACAUGUCUCAUGUCAUGAUGUGUAUGAAUUGCGGCAGCGAUUUCACGUUGACCCUACGACGUACCCACUGCCAUGCCUGUGGCAAGAUUGUUUGCCGCAGUUGCUCAAGAAACAAAUAUCCUCUUAAGUACCUGAAAGAUCGCCCAUCUAAAGUCUGCAAUGGAUGCUAUGCAGAGCUGCGGAAAAGAGAGCUUGCAUCAGCAAACACCAACACCUCCCCACAGUUGCCGAGGUCCACCAGCAACACUUUUACAUCAAUGCUUCACAAUUUUCACCCGUCUGCCUUCAAGAGACACAAGAAAGUACCGUCAGCUCUGAUGGAGGUAGGGCCAAGGCAAGAACCAAAUGCUGCAACAUCGGGAGAAAGUUCCUCCAUUAGUGGUUAUUUACAUCGGUGCAAAAAGGGCAAAAAAUACUGGAAGAAGCGAUGGUUUGUUAUUAAAGGCAAAGUUCUUUACACGUACACAGCCUGCGAGGACAAAAUUGCCACAGAAAGUUUACCCUUAUUAGGUUUCCACAUUGUGCCUGACAACUGGGACCAGAGCCCGAAACUGGGCACAGUGUUUCAGCUUUAUCACAAGCAGACCCUGUUCUAUAGCUUCAAAGCAGCAGACACCAAUGCAGCCAUCAGGUGGGUUGAAGCCAUUAAAGCUGCCUCAGUAUUAUAGCAUUCGCUUUCCACAGACUUCCGCUAAACCAAUGAACAUUAUUUGCAGAAUGUACAUACACCAAUUUGAAGUAGCAAAAAAAUUUUGCAAGAAGAUCGGAUCGGCUGAUACGACCUGCUGGCUGCAGACUGGAGUUCUUUUUCUUCUCAGCUCUCUAUGAGACUUGAGGUUUAUACAAUCUCCAGUGGAAUGUAUUGUGGGUGUCAGUGGCCCUUGCUUCUUUGCAACAUAGGGCCUUUUGAAUAGCAAAAAGUCUCAGUCUUACCUGAAGGGCCAAUCUGAAGACCCCUCUAGAGGGCCCUGUUUACAGUUUCUUGAUGACUUACAUUUAGCAGGUAAUUUUAUAUUGUUUUUAUCGGCCUCUAUGGAGGCAGGUGCUUGGCAGUUGUAUCAAGAAGAAGCAGCAGAAGAGACUAUGUAUUUGGGUAAUUAUGGGUAAACCCCACCAGCAGAGUUUAAGAUCUGCACAUGACAACUUGGUCUAGUUUAUGGUCUGCACAGGCAGUUUGCAAGCCCCAGUCUAUGCACUAUGAUCUGUUGUGACAUACAUGCGAAUAUUUAAAUGAUGGAGUUCCCCUUUAAGCAACCUCAACCUCAUAUCACUCUUGAUGUAUUCUCUCAUGUCGGUGUUAUAUAAAGGGGAAUAUGACCAGUUCAACUAGCCAACAUCUUACUGCUGGAGGUAAGUCAAGAUUAGCACCUGAAAAACCAGUCCUACACCCAAAAAUAAAUGGCCUGGAGACAUAGGUCCUACGUCUUCCUCUCAGACACUUAAUAGCAAACGGUGUGAACCACUAGAAGUAUCCAUGGUUCCCACAGUGGUUGUCACCCAGCUUUCCACAAACCCUGAAUGUACAUCUGCAUUGCUAUGCAGUUACAUCAUCAUGCCCAUCCAGUGCUCUGCCUGAAUCUAUAGUUCUGGCAUUAUAUUCAUGAACCAGGAAGCUCAGGAUUCUUUUCACAAUAAAUCCCACAUGGAGAGGGGAGUGGUGCAGUUCAUGUAGGAGGACAGAGAAAACAAUGCUGAAUCUGUUACUGCAAUCCAUGGGGGCACACUGGGUCUAGUAAUCCCCCUCAUCUUCCAAGAAUACAUCUGCUGUAUUCCUAUGAUAAGUGCAUUGCAAACACCCUUGGUUUUUCAUUAUAAAAGCAAACUAUGCUAUUCCGUUGUUUACAGAGAACUUGCUAUUCUUUACAAUAUGAAAGCCUUAAAAUUACUUGUUGGUUCUUUUCGUCAAAUUCAAAAAUAAAAUAAAAAGCCUACAGCCAGGUUCACCUCAUAAUAAGAAUCUGUGGGGAUCUGUAAGAAUUAUUUGUAUAAAUAAAUAUGUUUAACAGUGUUGUCAU